AUUAUGACAGACGAUGCUCUGUUCGCUAUGGAGACGCGCGCCAUCCGCGAGGCGCAGUUGGAGACAUACACCAGCAACUUGGGGUCUGUGGCAUUGGUGCUAUCGACAUUAUUGUGGCUAACUCUCCCGCCGCUAUGGAGCGUCGUUAACGGCGAUUGGAGCACCGCCAUCCUGCCGAGUCUGCUGGCCAUCGCAGGUCAUGGUCUGUUUGUACUGUCGGUGUUAUUAUUGCUGCGGGUGGCGCAAGUGCAGGGAGAGGAGCUGCUUAUUCAGUUUAAUGCCAAGUACUUGGCACGAGUUAGCAAGCCCGAGGCUUCCCAUGCCCCGCUGGAUCGUACUGCGCAACUGGAUGAGGUGAUGAAGCUUAAUUCUCUACGAGGUCGCUUGUCGGGCAACAAGAAUUCUUCGGAUGCAAAGGGACAGACUCAGGAAGAUCGCUCAUUCUUCGACCCUGCGCCAGUGAAGACUGUAGAGGACGGCAAGGCGUAUCUUCGUCGCCUUCAAAAGACCCAGAAGCAGAAGGAGGCGGAAGAAUCCAUGCAGUCCGCUUCAGCUUACGGUAUGGAGAACUCGUAUCAGAGCGACGCUUUUGGCAUCUACGGCAACGCGUCCAUGGUGCCUCGUGUGUAUCAGGCUUCAGGCUUCGACCCGUACCUUCGCGAUGUCAGUAUCGGAGACCAAGAAGAGGAUCCGUUGCGUACAUCCUCGCUUCCGCACAUUGCGUGGCAGCAACUCGAAGAGUGGGGAAUGGCCAUGUUCAUGCACUUGUACUGCCGCAACAUCCGUCGCUUGCUUGCUUAUCACGUGAAGGACGUCGUGGAGGCUUUCCUGGAGAACGCCAACGCUCUCAACGAGUGUGGCGUGAUGGCGGAUGUUCUGCUGCGUCGCGUCCCAUCCCAGGCGUUGCUAUGUCCGCCGGGCCAGACGAACCAGAUGACCAACGUGUCGCUCUCUGAUAUGCUGCAGAACCUUGCGAAGAGUCCGUUGUUUUUCAGUAAGGAGCGAGGCGUGUAUUUGUUCGAGGAGCACCAAAGUUUCGAGAAAUACCUGAAUGUCGGUGACCCCGGCAGCACGGAUUAUUCCUCGCUAGAACGUCAGCAGUAUGUGCUAGAGCGACUCAUCAUGUUGUCCAAGGACCGAAGUCUUGAUCGAUUCCGAUGGAACAAAGGAUCGGCUUGGAAAGGCAAAGAGUGGACGGAGAACUUGCCAACAGACGCCGAGAUCUUGAUGAACACGUUCUGCUGCAUGUUGGACAACAUGUUGCCUGCGGACAACGAGCGUGAUCGGCCGUUCUGGAAGUCCUACUACUUCAGCAAGGGCCCCAAUCGACCAUUCACGCCUCGAGUACGUAGCCGGCUUUUCCUCGUGCAGACAGUGGGGCGCCCACCUCAUUUCAAGGCGCUGGUGAAGGGCGCAGUUCGCGAGAUCGUACCGGGCGAGGAGAACUGUUUCCACGCAAUCGUUGUGUAUCUUCACGCAGUGAAGAAGAUGAAGGCUGGCUACUUGGAGAGCAUCAAUCUGCAUCGGAUCAUCGACCAAGUCUUCGACGUGUCCAAGUAACCCACAUCCGCAAUAAACGCAGCUCAAUAUGUUGCCUCGCA